CGCAGUGUUGGUUUCAGCUAUUAUAAUUUGAACAAGAAGUCUCGCGAGAAACGCAUUAAAAAUUUUCAUGAAUCUUUGUAGUUUGUACAACAGACACCGUGCUAAUGUGACAGAAUGUCAGAGACUUACGAUUUUCUUUUCAAGUUUUUAGUCAUUGGCAGUGCUGGAACAGGAAAAUCCUGCAUACUUCAUCAGUUCAUAGAAAAUAAAUUCAAAAAGGAUUCAAACCACACAAUUGGGGUAGAGUUUGGAAGCAAGGUUGUGAAUGUUGGAGGGAAAUCUGUAAAACUUCAAAUCUGGGAUACAGCAGGGCAGGAACGAUUCCGCUCUGUGACCAGAAGUUACUACAGAGGAGCUGCAGGUGCCCUACUAGUUUAUGACAUCACAAGUCGAGAGACUUACAAUGCCUUGACAAACUGGCUUACUGAUGCUAGGACCCUGGCCAGUCCAAACAUUGUCAUUGUGUUAGUGGGAAACAAGAAGGACUUAGAACAAGAGCGAGAGGUCACCUUUCUAGAGGCCAGCAGAUUUGCACAGGAAAAUGAACUCAUGUUCUUGGAAACAAGUGCACUGACUGGAGAAAAUGUUGAAGAAACCUUCCUCAAAUGUGCCAGGUCUAUUUUGACAAAAAUAGAAUCAGGAGAACUAGAUCCAGAGCGCAUGGGGUCCGGAAUUCAGUAUGGAGAUACCUCUCUCAGAAGAAUACCAAAGGACACAUUUGGACCCACUGGGAAGCGACCAGAUUGUGCAUGCUGAAAGUAGACUUUCUUAUUCUAACGAGAUCUGACUUCAUAGCUCUGUAUCCAUCCAAAUGUCAUAUCAUUGCCUUAGUUGCAAUUCGCUGAUGAAAGCCUAUACUUGUUCAAAUGUACAUGCUUGUACUGGUUUGGCAUGGCAUUUUCAUGAGUUGUGUUAUUAAAAGGAUGUGAUGUAUGCAAAAAAGAAAUUUGAUUGCUUUAGAUUUGCAACAUGAUGUCAGAAAUUCAUGAACGCACAAGUGUUUUAUGCAUACUUUUUGUCAGUAAUUUGUAUAAGGUAAUCAAGCUUCUGAUAAAAAAAAAACCCCAAAACAAAAACAAAUAUCAGGCAAUGUUAUAGAAUGUAACAAAUUUGAUACACUUGUAAUCUGAAGUGAGCUACAUGUACUUCCAAUUUACAGUGUGUAGAAUUUCUGUAGUUGUAGCAUAAACUCUGCUUCAAUAUAAACAGAGUAGUGUAUUUAUUACUGUGUGUGAUGUAAUGUCACGUUAAUCUUGUAAAAGAAGUAAAAUGAUAUGGUAGACUUGAAUUAAUCUUAGUGCAUCAUGCUUAGAUCUAAGAAAUGUUGUUUUUCAUGUUACAUAUAACCAUGCUUAAUUAAUCUGUCCAUAAUUAGUUCUUCAAUAUCUUAUUGGUUUAUGCAUUUUGUUUGACCUUAAAAGCUCAGCUAAGACAGAGGCUCUGACAUGUAAAUUUUUCUGAUCAAGGUUUGUCAGUCGUCUGUGUAAUUGUCAAUUUACAAUGUAUAUGCGUUGUAUAUGGUGAACUUCUUGCAUGAACAUUUCCAAUUUCUAUAGAAUCUCAUCUCAAAUUUUGUUCAUAUUUUCAAGGAAUUAACCAAAUCGUUUUGAUUAAUCCUUGAUGAAAAAAGUCUAACACUCAGAAAUCCUUUUUUUUUCCUCUAAAAGUUAGAAACAUAGAACUUCCAAAGUACAUGUAUACUUAUUGGUUUGAUUGUAAUGAAGAAAAUAAAUACAGUUAAUUUGUAUCGCAAAAGUGGUAUGUAAUUUAACUAAGAUUUUUAAUGAUGAAUUAAAUUAAGAGCUGCAUUUUUGAUUGUGAAAGUUAAUUUCAUUGUUUAAUGGGAAUCUCUUGGGUUAAACUUUUUUCAUCAAGGAUUUUAAUUAAUCAAAAAGAUUUGGUUUAUACAAUUCCUGACUGGAUUUAUUUUAAGUACAUGUUGAUAGUUGAUAAUGUGUCAGACAUUUAAUACACAUACGUGUAUGUUUGUAACACAAUCAGAAAGGCAUUAAAAAGGUUAUACAAUCAUUGACAAUUUAAUGUAAUAUGAACUUGAGACAUUGAAAAAAUACAGUAGGAAGGCGUUUUAUGAAUUUUGUUGAAAAUUAUGUCUGGCUUUACUUACAUGUAACUUUUAUUAAAUGGGCUUACAAGUAAUUUCAUCAAGCCAUCAAAUACAAGUGAUUUAUUAGUUCAUCUUAAUUUAGUGUUGACCGUUACCAAAAAUGGAAUGUUCUUUUUGGAUCAUGUAUAUAAAGAAGUUAUCAGAAAAUAAUCUAAUAAAAGAAUUCAAAAGGAAAUAAGAAAUUAUCAUAUGAUUCUGUGAUUGAUUAAAUUAGGUAAAUAAUGAUUAUUGAUUUUUUACAUGUAAAUGUAUGAUCAUUGUAAUACCAUAACUGGUUAACAUUUCAAUUAAUGAUUAAUACACAUCUAGAAGGAUUCAAAAGUUUUAGAGAUAAACAUGUAUAGAAUUAUUGAGGAACAACCAGACUAUAAUUCUAUAAAUUAAUACAUGCAUGCAAUUAUUAACUAUUACUCCGUGUAGACCCAUUAAAAAGGGGUUUUAUUACAUACAUGUAUUCACUGUCAGAGGAAAACCACUCAGGUGACUGUUGUGGCCCACAGGCCUCUCGAUUCAGAUGUUGAUGUACUAUCUCUUCUGCUUCAAGAAUUACCCAUGACCAUCUUCCUUAAGGCAUCAUGUAUUAAAUAACAUUCUUUUUAUUGUUUCAUUAAUACUACUGCAAAGUAUCAGUUGCUUUUGAGAUUGUAUGAACAUUGUGUUAUAUUGUGUAUGUAUUGAUUCAUUUAUUUUUCUUUGUAGAUUUUUUAAAAAGUUUAUUCCUGUGAUGUUUUAUUGGUUUAUUUUAUUUAUUUUCCAUAAACAUAUUACUAUUACAGCUUAGUUUGAUAUGUUUUCAUGUGUGUGUACAUGCAUUUACGCGGAAAAUGCUUUGUUAAGCAAGACUUGUUUCAGAAACAUUUAUUCCAUCAAUAUUUAAACUUAAACAGUGGUGUCUUUUGUAAAAGUGUUUAUUAUAUAUACAUUCCCUUAUACAGUCAUAGAAAACCUUUCAAAAAUUAACUCAACAAAUCCAUUAUUAGUAAGAAUAGUUAGAUUUGCCUGGAUUGGGACCAGCUUACCCACAAUUUGAUGAAUUAAACUGAGGCUUAAUUUAUCUAUGUGUACAGUUGCAUUUUUACCUUUCAAAAAUAUUUCAAUAUGGAUUAUUUAUUGAUACAAUAUCCCAAGCAAUAUUGGUCAAAUGUCAACUGUUUACAUACAAAGUGAUCUUUAUUGGAAUUGACAAAAUGCUGCUAAUUUGCCGUCAUAAUUUUUAUCAAACCUCUUUAUAGUACACUUUAGUAUACAACAGAAUUAGUAUACAACAGAAUUUGUUAAUAUUAGUUCUCUCAUGUAGAGAAUAUUGGUGUGGUGUGGAUAGCAAAACUUAUCAAGCAGUCUAUAUUUUAAAAUACAUAUACAACUUUCUUGUGAUGAAGAAGUUGUUUAAUGGAAGAUGAACUGGAUCGAGAACAUUGAAAAUGUUUGAUCUUCAGAAUGCUUUUUUGUAUUUGUAUAGUGCUUUCAAGUAAUAUGCACCUUGUAACCUUUACAAUAUACACAUACAGGUUUGUUAUAAUCUUAAUCAAUGCAUAAAUGGGCCACUAUAUAAUAUCCUUGUUAGUUGUUUAUUGAAUUAAGUCAGUUGUUACCGCAGUCAUUAAACCAUACAACUCAU